AAAACACUUUUCAAAAACUGGUUUGUUCUGAUUUCUGACUCAAAAAAACUCGAAAUCAGAAUCAUCGAGUGCAUCAUCUCUCACACGUCGAACGUAACACACCGUACCGUACGGAAACUGGUACGAUAGAGCAAUAGACUAACUACGGCAACACAUGCCAACAAGUUUCGGAAAAGAAAUUCCAAUUCCGUCAAUCGAGGUUUGAACGCAUUAAAAUGCAAUUGUAAAGCAUUCCGAACCAUGUCAUUCCAACAAAUCAUYCGAAGACGGCCGUGGAUUGCAGCAGCCGGAACCGCAGUUAGCGGCGCUGCCGCCAUCGAAUACUACUCGGACUACCACGAAAAAAACGCUGGUACGUACCUCCACAUCCCGUCAGCAAAGUUCCGAAAACCGAGCUGUAGAUCACUAGCUUUCCAGCACGAAGUAGCACGAUAGUGUCUAAAUUUUGUAAGGUUAGCGGUGCUCUCAYCCUGGUGCUUUUUCUCUAUGGCCGAAUGGAACGGAAUGCAGCCAACAAAACCGAGUACAGCCUUCCGCGAUCCUACGAUCGAGAAAGGUUUCGAAACUAUUGGAUUCGAAGGCCCGUUUCCGUGGUCUCUCGUUUCGGAGAAAUCGGAUACCAGUUGGGUCCAACCCUUGCGUCAUACUUAUACCACAAACACUCACCGCGGAGUGGCGAAGGCGAAGACGACGACAACGACGAAAUCAUCCGAACGCAGCAGCGGCAGGCGGUGCAGUUCCGCACGGCUCUGACCAAUCUCGGGCCCGCCUUUGUCAAAAUCGGUCAGCAGGUGGCCAUCCGCCCGGAUUUAGUGCCUCCAUUGGUUCUGAAAGAACUUCAAAAACUGUGCGAUUCCGUGCGGCCGGUCCCCGACGAGGUUGCCCUGCAACUUCUGCGGUCGGAGCUACAGCUUGACACAGAAAUGAACUCCGAAGAAGACAGCAAUGCCGAAGAAGAGCGAGCAAAAGGAGGAACAUCACGAACCAGCUUGGACGAUGUUUUUGAAGACCUGCACCUUGUGGCAUCAGCUAGCCUGGGACAGGUAUACAAGGCGAGGCUUCGGGAAUCCGGAGACCUCGUGGCCAUAAAGGUGCAGCGCCCGGGGAUGGAAAAGGCCUUCGGUCUCGAUUUAUUUUUGUUACAGAUGUGGGGAGACUUCAUGGAUGCCUUCACCAACACCUUUACAAACCAGAUUCCAUACCAUAGAACCUUUUUCGAUGCCUUCUCCCAGGGAUCCUAUUCCGAGUUGGAUUACGAAAACGAAGCGCGCAAUCAGAUGCACUUUCAGCAGGAACUGGCAGCCCGCAAUUGCAAGGUGAAAGUGCCAAACGUGUACGAAGAAUACACAACUCGUCGAGUAUUGACCAGCGAGUGGAUCGAGGGUGUAAAACUGGCCGAUUCGCCSAAAGAAACCAUUCGAGAAUUGAUUCCAAUCGGAGUAGAGCUGUUCUUGACGCAGUUGCUAGACAUGGGAACUUUUCACAGCGAUCCGCACCCCGGAAACUUAUUGGUAACGAAAGAUGGAACGCUCUGCCUGCUGGAUUUCGGCCUGUGCGCCGAAGUCGAAGUUGGGGCAAGAGAAGCCAUGACGAAGGCUAUUGUGCACCUUCUAUACCGUGAUUUCGACACCCUGAUCCACUCCGAUACGAAAGAACUAGRGUUUCUUCCCCACGAUUUCGACACAGAGGAACUUAAACCCAUUCUGACCAAAGUUUUGACCGGUGGGCUCCUGCAGACAGGUUCCGACCUGAAAAAACGAAAACGGAAACUGAUGGAAAUCUCGAACGAGCUGAACGAGAUCUUCUUUCGGUACCCCUUUCGCGUUCCGGGAUUCUUUGCCCUGRUGACCCGCGGUCUCGGUUUGCUCGAGGGCAUUGCCCUCGUGGGUGAUCCCGAUUUUGAUAUAUUCAUGGCUUCGGCGCCAUAUGCGACGAAACGAGCCGUUUCUAUUCUGGGGCAGCAGGCGACGGGAUACCGGCGCCUGAGCCAGGCUUUGAAGAGGCCCACUACGAGCUUUUCUCCCUCUGUAUAAAAAUAAAUGAAGGAGCGAGAAAUCAAGGCAAAGGCUUGGCUCAAUAUGAGAGAACAAAUGAAACGUGUGUGCCACUAACUAUCACGGACCGCGACUUCAAAUCGGAAAAAUUCAAACUCUGUAAAAUAUAGAUUUCACUUGCAUCAUUAAAACAUAACUUUCAAG